UUGUGGGACCGCCAUUUGGCUGUCAAGGUACUUGAAGAGUAAUGCGGACUCAGUGAUGUUGAGACCUGUUUUAUCUCAAUCUCGUCAGUGGCUUCUCUGGGCCCUUCCCAGAGUUGUCGGAAAUACAGCUUGUGUUGAAGGUCAUGUAAAACUUCAUGCACUUCAGCUCAGCACGACCCCAAGUUUUCAGAAGGCCAAAAGCCGAAGAGUGUAUCUCAAAGGAGUUCAGUCGAUUAUCUUACAUCAUUACAAUGACCUGAAAACAUCAGAGGCCAACACAUUUGUCAGCAAAAAUCCGAAGUUGAAAAAUUUGGAUAGACUUCAGCUUGAUGCAGUGCUGAUGCUCCUGAAGCAUCAAGACUACAGCUGGGAGGACAUUGGGAAACACAAGGAUGUUCUGACCUUGAUGCCUAGCCAACUGAGUGAUCGUCUGAAGUUCUUGGAGGAGUUUUCGAUCCCAAAACCCACACUCCACGAGCUAAUGUAUGCACAGGCGUACAUGCACUGCACAGUGGGAUUCUUACGGAAAUAUGGAGUAUAUAGCCAGAACUUUGAUAUUGUAGCUCACCUGAUAAAAAAUAUAAAGCCCCUGGAAUUGCCAGAAACUUUUAUAAAUGAAUUUCAAGAGCAGUACAAAAACAACUUGGAAGAGGUACAGCUGGCAGAAUUGUAUUUUAAGAUUCUGAAGAAAUAUCUAACAAUGAGGUUCCCAUCAGAAUCUAUGGCAGUUGAAAUACUUUUCAAGGGUGACUGGUCUCCAACCUGGAAGCCUCUUGUUUCCUAUCAAGAUAUUUGUAACAUUGUCGUAGACAUGCUUGGGCUAGACUUCAGUUAUGUGAUGUCCAACACAUGCAUUCUAGAUAUAAAUCCAGUAAAUGUGAUCAAUCUACUUGAAAAAUACCCAAAACUUGGGGGGGCACCAACAACAGAGGUGGCUGUCAAAGAACCCGAACUGCUCCUCAUUCCGUUCUCGAAAAUAGAAAGAUGGACAAAAAUGUUGCGGAAAUACAAAGUGACGAAGUUCAGUAUCUCAGUUGAGACUUUGCGCUUUUUCCGAUGCAGCAAUUUUGCAGAAGUAGAAGAGAGAUUAAAGGUGCUCAGUCAGUUACCAGAGUGGAAGAUUAUUAGCUUGUCAGAUCAUCUCUUUGUGAUCUUGAGAAAACCCUAUGGUUUGAAAAGAUUGCUUGAUGCAAUGCACUCAGGACAAGUUGUCAACAACCUGUCUUCUGCUACUCAGGAUCCAAAUGUGCCAGUACAAAGAUGCCGUCGCCUGCCCCAAGAGGUUGCAGCGUACAUGGCUCAAGAACUCAAUAUAGAGGAGUAUGAGGCAAAUGACCUACUAAAUGCUGAAGUUCGAACGCACUUUGGUAUAUCCAAUACACGCAUGGUCCUGGAACUCCUGCUCAAUUAUGGAUUUACAAGGGAGCAGGUAUUAAAUGGCAUCCAGUUGCUGAAUUUCCAGUAUGGGGUUGUUUGUGAAGGCCUAAAGCUGUUCCCGAACCGUCCUGAAGCACAGCCCUUCGACCAGUGGAUGGAGAACCCGCAUGUGCUCCAUCUGUUGGCCUAUUGUAUUAAGAAAGACGCUCCUCACCUCAGACUGUCCACAGAGAGAUGAUUGCUACUCUAGUAUUAGACUGAAGUUGAUUGCUAGAUAUCUGAAUAAAAAUAUAACACAAGCCUGUUAUAUCAGUCUUGUCAGAGAUAGACUGUUGAUGAUGAUGGUAGUGUUAUUCUAGUACUGAAUGGGAUUUGAGGCAUGUGAUUAUAUCAUAAUGGUGAUGAUGGUAGUGAUGAUAAUUAUUGUUGUUAUUUGUUAUUGUUGUUUGUAUGUUAUUAUUAUUAUUAUUGUUAUUAUUAUCAUUAU